UCUGAAAUGUGUACUAUAUUUAACAUUUCUCAUACUUCAGGAAUUGUCACUUGAAAUGACUGAUAAGUGAGUGUUAUUAAAUUCACUUCUGUAGAGUACUCACAACAUGUCUGGUUAUAAAAUCUUUGGUGUAGGAAAAGAAGAAAUAUGAGUUACACCCAUAUUGUAUGUGAAUUCCAAGAAGAAAGCUUAACAAUAGGGUCAGACUUCAGCUGAUAUUUAAUGUAAGGCUCCCAACUACACCCCAAUAAUAACUUUAAAUCUCCUCACUUAAAAUGCACUUAUGAUUUUAAACCAUAGGCAAGCACCACGUCAGAACUCACACAAGAGAUUAUUAAACUCCUCAGUAUUAUGUUUAACCACAAAUCAGCACUGAGACUUUGAGUCUCAGCUAGAGAGCGCUUCAUUCUUUACUUAGAAUUAUUAUUAUUAAAUAUCUCUGCUUUGGUGAAAUGUUUUCAGCGUCCUUCAAGAUUCCCAACUAGAUGUACAAAGCAGAAGUGCAGAUGCAGCUCUCUGGGGCAGUACUCCGGGGGCAGCAGACUUUUUAAGGUUCCUAUGCAGCCUGUGGGGCUGUGAUGAGGGCUCACGGCAAAGUGCCCACACACAGCCCUGGUGAGGGUCUGUCACCUGAGGAAGGAAGAAACCUCGCACAGAGCAACCCCUGCAUGGGCACCUCUCAGGUUUGGUGGCAAGAGGCUGCAAAGCCCCAGUUUUUGUGGAGUGAGGGCUAAAUCCUUCUUCCCCCAGCUCUCCACACCAGCUGGAGAAGGGGUGCCACCACACCUCAGCUCAGGGCUCAGGCCGGAAGGACACGAGAGAGGCAGGCCUGUAGGCCUCGCCGCAGCAGGGCGAGUGUCUGCCUCACCCCUCAGGCUACCUGCAGUCUCUCCUGCCCCUCCACCCCAUGGCCAUCCGAGUGUUUUGCAACGCCUGCUUCUGCGAGCCCCGCAAGGCCACGCCACGCUUCAUCUUCACCAGCUGUGGACAUGUCAUCUGUGAGCUCUGCCUCCAGAAAGGCAAAAAAGAUGAAUGUUUGAUCUGCAGAACUCCUUGUCGUACAGUAUUCCUUUCAAAAGAGACAAGUCCUGAAAUUCAAUCACUGUUCAUGGGAAUAGACACUCUGUGCAAGAAAUAUGCAAAAGAAAUAACACAGAUUUCAGAAUUUCAAGAAAAAAAUCGUAAACAUUUGCUAGCAUACCACAGAGAAAAGAGAGUGAAGCUGGAAGAAUCUCUGAGGAAAGCAAGGCAACAACUGCAUCAGAUACAAUGUAUGAAACCUCCUCAUCAAGCUACUCAACUGCCAUUUGCAAGUGCAAGCAGAAAUCCACUUUCCAUACCUUCAAGAAGACUAAAUGGAUGCUCCUCAUAUUCUCUUCAACCUAGUCAUCCUUCCACUUCUGAAACAAUGGAGUCAAUGGAGGUUGAUCCUGUACCUUCACCAAUGAGGAAACCUGAGGCAAUGACUGGUCCAGUAAGAUUAUCAGUUAUAACUCCACCACAAGAUGGACGCAUGGGUAGUGUAUCCUACAGAAGUUCUCAGUCAUCUGGAAUAACAUCAAGUCAAAGUACAGCAGUAUCUACAAGAUCCACACCUGUAGGACUGCCACAUAAUGGAUGUUCACUUAUAUCACCAUCUGGAUCACAAAGCAUUAGAAGGGGAUCAUGGUCUGCUUCCGAUUUCAGAACUCCUCCAUUGUAUCAAUUUACGUUUCCUUCCCCACAGUCAUCUGUAACAAGACAUCCAAUCACCAUCUCUGGAGUUCUGCAAAGACAACAUUUAGGAUCAGCGAAUUUUGGAGGACAAUCAGCAGAAAGAUAAGCAAAAAUCUGUGAUUUAUUUUGUUCAAUAAGCAUCUUGAAAGGCUGUACACUGCUGUUGGAUAUCAAAGUGUUUGUAAUUUCCAUAAAAUGUCAAACUAGCAUAAAACAACUAACUAGUAUUCAGCAUGAAUAAUGUAUUUAAAGCAUUGCUGAACUUGCUGAUGAACAUCUAUAGAAACUUUAAGCAGGAGUACAAAAGAUUCUGGCUUUUUAAAGGAAUUUUGGUUUAAAAUGUAUAGUAAAAAUUGUAAAAAUAAAUUGCCUUUGUUAAUGAAGUGUUAAGACAAAAAAUGCUUUUAUAUUCAGUGAGCACUUCUUGCUCUGUUUUUUAACAGUUGUGCCCGUACAGAUGAACUCCAGUCCAAAAAAUAUUUUAAUGUUAGACAUUAAAUCAAAUAGACAUUUGAUUCCAAAAUCCAAAUUUGGGUUCUUAUUCAAUAGAUCACCUUUGGUUUACAGUGUAGUAAGCGGUAUGCUUUGAGAGAUAUUAUGUAGUCUAGUAGGCUCUUCUGAACUUCUAACACAAUAUCUACACAACAUUCCAAGAAGCUUACCAUUUGAUUUAGGUAGCAGUGCUAUCUUCUCAAAAAUGCAAUGAAAUGGAGGAACUGGUUUGAAGAGAUGUAUCAUGCCAAAGACUGCCUUUCCUCACAGAAGAAUAGUGAUUGAAUGCUCUGACUGGAAAGACCCAGACUGCCACCCUUCCAUUGAAUUUCCCACCAUUACUGUGUCUGUCUGGAUAAAUUUUGGUAUGAUUGAAAAACCAAAAACACACCUUUGGUUUGGCCCUAACUUUAACCCUUCUUUAAAAAUAGGAAAACUAAAAUAAACUUUUGAGACCGAGUCCACCAAGUAAAUGGUACAACUUCUUUUGGGUUAAAAUAUUUUGCUUGAUCUGAAAGAAAGUUUAAAAUAGAAAGGGGAGUAUGAAGGUAUUUUUCUGUUUUGUUGCCUCCUUAGCUAUCUACUGCACUGAGUUCAAGUGUGCCACUUGCAAGAGAGUAAAAUAGAUUGAGAAAUAAUUGGUUUGCGAACAUCUCUGGACCAGGAGCUUCUAUCACCAAUUUUCAGAUUUGCAUUUCACUUAUUUCAGAGUAAAGUUGUUAAAUUGUAAUUGUUUUAAUUUUUUACCAUGGGACACUUUAUGUAUUUUCUCCUACUUGAAAUUUUCAGUGGGAUUUCAAAUUAAAUUACCUUUCAAGCAAUUUUCUGUUUGAAAGAUUUAAUUUCACAGUAGCAUAGACAUACAAUGAGUAAAAGAGUAUGGCAUUAAAUUUUCUAAGUUCCAGCUCUUCUCUACUUCAAGAUCAGCUAGAAUAGCUUGAAAAAAUGAGGCCAGUAGGAUACAAAUGCCAGCUUUCAUGAUAAGUGUCCCCCAGUGGCUUUCAAUUUGUUUGGCUCACAUGAAGGUAUUAUUUAUAAUUUCUUUAAUUUCUUUAAUUUUCUAUUUUAUCUUAUCACACUGCGGAGUCAUCACCCGGGACUGCAGUCAAAUUAUAGCUUUUGUGGUUGCUGGAAGUUGCAUGAUACAAUCAGUAGAAGUAUCUGGG